GUUUAAUUUGUAGUUUUUUUUUUUAUCCCUUUGGUGUUGUUUGGUUACAGAUUAAUCGCAUAAUUGUAAUUGGCUCAAUUUUUGCCUAGUUAGCAAAUCCUUUUUGUUCAUGUUAAAACCUAACACUUUGAGAAAGAAGAGAUGGAAAUAUUAUGGUUACAAGAUUUCCCAAAAAGUGGAAAUGAGAAAACCUUAUCCACCUCCAUAUUUUCAAAACUAUACUUUUGUGUUUCCACAUCAAUCUUCAUUGCUAAACGUACAUUCUGUUAUUCAAAAGCAAACACAAGAGCAAAUAAAAAGAAAUUUCUUCUUUCUUCUUGAAAAUCCUAAGGGGCCUGACCUUCAGUUUCGCUGUUGUAUGUGUUCCUUACUUGUUGCUGAUUACUACUGCCUUGUUUCUGCUUCUCCACUAUUUCCACCAUGGACGUUGAAGCUUUCUCCAUUGACAACGACGUUGAGUUGCUCAGGGAACUACAGUGCGAGAGGUUCCAGAAGGAGCAAACGAGGAUGAAGACCGCAAUUGCAAUGAGAGCCAUCAUAGCAGCAAGGCCAGCAAAGAGCCGACUCCCACCGCCAAUCAACCUCCAAAGCCGAUUGCCAUCGCCUGAUGACUGCCACCUCCAUUGCCAACUAUCACCUUCGAUUACGACCUGCUAUCACCGGCAACUUUUCGGUGUAAGGACACCACAUUACCACCAAUUGCAGCUUCGUUUUUCUAGUGAGCACAGUUUAUACGGUUGGAGCGGACAAUGGUACAAAGCUUAUUCGACUUGCAAUGAAGACACUCUGUCAUACCAAGAUGUCAUUUUUUGGAUUGCAUUGCUCCAUCUCAUGGCUACUGUGAUGGGCCAUGGACGUGACGGUGGUGACGAGCCACCACAUCCGUUUGGUGGAGGUUUUGGUGAUCACCAGAUCGAUAGUAAUUAA